GUUAAAAAUAGCGGUGUCGGCGAUGGCGUCCCGGUGCCGCCUCGCCGCGCGCUUCCACCGCGUCCACGGCACCAACGUCCGCCUGGACGCCUCGCGCACGCGGGCCACGCGGGUGGAGAGCUUCGCCAACGGGCUCUGCUUCAGCCAGGAGCCGCUGGCGCCCGGGCAGAUCUUUCUGGUGGAGAUCGAGGAGAAGGAGCUGGGCUGGUGCGGGCACCUGCGCGUGGGGCUGACGGCCCACGACCCCCAGAGCCUGGAGGUGGUGCCCGAGUAUUCGCUGCCGGACCUGGUCAACAUGGGGGACACCUGGGUGUUCGCCAUCACCCGGAGCCACAACCGCGUCACGGAGGAUGGGGAGGGGGCGCGGGCGCAGGGUUCCCCGUGGGAGCCCUUUCUGCUGAUCGAGCGGGUGAGGAUCCCCCGUGACACGCUGGUAGGACGCAGCAAGCCCGGGCGCUACAGCCACAUCUUGGAUGACCUGUUCAAGAUGAACGUGCUGCCCGCGACUGCCCGGCGCAGCCGGAUCGGCGUGCUGUACGCCCCACAGCCCGACGGCACUGCUGACAUGCACAUCGUCAUCAACGGAGAGGACAUGGGGCCGAGCGCCAGGCGCCUGCCCACCACCCGCCCGCUCUACGCUGUGGUCGACGUCUUCGCCUCCACCAAGAGCGUCCGGGUCAUCCCGGUGGAAUACGGCUUUCCCUCGCUGCAGACCCUCUGCCGGCUGGUCAUCCAGAAGCACAUUGUCCACCGCCUGGCCAUCGACGGGCUGGACCUGCCCCCGCCGCUGAAGAGCUUCUGCAAACAUGAGUGAGGUGUCGAGGGCACUGCCCCAGGCCGCUCCCUGUGCCAACGGCCCCACCAGCGAUGGACGGCCAGCUGCCUGGGUAGGAUCUGUGCCCCAAGCAGUCCCAUCUGUCUCCCGGGGCCUGACGGCAUGUUAGCCCCCAUGCCCUCGCCCCCAGGGGUGCCUGCGUGCACGGCCUGUGCUGCCCAAGGGCUGACAUGAGAGCACGGGCAGCGUGACAGAGCAUCAGAGGGACGUUCCUCCAUGCAGACGGGUGCGGCGGGGACGGUGCGUGGGCAGGAGGGUGGCACAGGUCAGAGCGAGCAAUAAAGUACUUCCAGCCAGAAAGCGAGCAUGCUGUGGGGAGUGCCAGCACACGGAGCAAUGCAGGGGAGCGAGGAUUGGUGCCCGACCCGCUGCUGUCAGGGCUGUGUGCCCGCAGUGGGAG